AAAUUCUAAUGAGAAAAAUCAACGAAGUUGAGAGGAAAGGUCCUGGAAGUGCACCACUUCCCAUCCUUUCUAAUUUUCCAUUCCAUUUUAAUUCCCCCCCUUUAAAUAUAUUACCAUCUCAAUUCCCCAACACCAAAAAAGAGAAUUUAAAAUGAUUCAACAAUGCCAAAGAACAACUUGAAAUAUCAUGCGGCGGCGCCAAUGGCUAGAUCCUCCAACCACGGCCGCUGUAGAGCCGGCGUUGGCGUCGUCGGCGGCGGCAACGGCAGCUCUCAUUGUCGGAAACACCCAAAGCACAAACAAUCACCUGGGGUUUGCUCUGUUUGUCUAAGAGAGAAGCUCUGUAAUUUGACCAUUACUAGAACACCCUCUUCCUCUUCCUCUUCGAAAAUAUUACCUUCUUUUUCAUCUUCUUCCUUAUCAUCUUUAUCCUCUUAUUACUCCUCUUCCUCUCCUUCCUCUUCUUCUUCACCCUAUUCUUCAACAAAAAAACCUUCAGUUUCUUCCAUGUCCAGCUUGUUAUUCAAGAGAAGAUGGUCAUCCUCGUCGUCCUCAUCAACAACAGCAACAACAAACACUAAUUUCUUUACAGCCGCUGAUGCUCAUCAUCAUCGUAUAAACAACAAAUCCCAUCAUGGGUUUUGGUCUAAAUUGAUGAUGAAUCGAAGAGGAAAAGAAAUUAUUGUUGAACAAAUUACUUUGAGGUGUUCUUCAACUUCUACAACAACAGAUCAUCAAACAAUUACUACUCCUACCUAGCUAUUGGAAAAAUACAAUUAUGUAAUUAUUGUUUUUCUCAUUUUUUUUAGACAGAUCUAAGUUAGAUCUUGUUGUAACUUGAAUGAGAUUAAGAGGAAAAAAAAACUAUAUGAAAUAGCAAGGUAAAAUUAGGCUAAAUGGAAACUGUUACUUUUCAUUUCAUAACUUUUAUGAAUUUUGAGAUCUAAAGACUAAUUAUUCCAAAUAAAAAUAUGUCCCAUACUCGUUUGGUGUUUUGCUUUUGUUCA